AUGGUCGACUUCGAAAUCGUCCGAGCCGGCUUCCAGCACGCGCUCCGGGCGCCGCCCGCGGGUGCCCUCGCCGCCGUGGCCGCCCUCUACGGCGUCCUCUUCCACGCCCUCGUCCUCCGCAAACUGCAGGUGGAAGAACACCUCUACUCGUUCCUCGGCUCGUAUCUCGCGGCCAUGGGCGCGGUUUUCCCCAUCUGCCUAUUGGUCCUGGACGCGCGCGCAGCCCUCGCACGGGCGGCCCUGCUGAUCGUCUCGUUCAACGCGGGGCUGUAUCUCAGCAUGGGCGUUUACAGAGCGUUCUUCCACCGACUCCGCAAGUUUCCCGGGCCGUGGGGCGCGAAGCUGUCGCGGUUUUACGUCACGGCGACGUCGGCGAGGGAUGUGCAGUAUCACGUUGCGGUGAAGCGAUGGCAUGAGCAGUACGGGGACUUCAUCAGGACUGGACCGCGCGAACUGGCGAUUGUGAAAGCGUCGGCGGUGAAUCUCAUCUAUGGGCCGCAGUCCAAGUGUGGGAAGUCGACGUGGUAUACGCAGGUCUCGUCGGAUCAAAACGAGUGCUCGAUUCAUAUGACGAGGGACCCGAACGCGCAUAAGAACAGACGCAAGGCUUGGGACAGGGGGUUCUCGGUUAAGGCCAUCAACAGCUACGAGCCACGCAUUGUGGCGAAGGUGGACGAGUUGCUGCAGCAGAUGGGCCGGCAUGCAGCUGCAGGCAAGCCAAUGGACGCUACCAUGUGGUCGAUGCUCUUGACCUUCGACAUCAUGGGCUCAGUCGGCUUUGGCAAGGACUUUGGCGGGCUGAAGAGCGGCAUCGAGCACCCCGCCAUCAAGGGCAUCCACGACCACAUGGAAAUCCUCGGUAUCAUGGCCACGGUGCCGUGGCUCCUGAACAUUGCGUCCAAAAUCCCCGGCGCCACGGCUGGCUACGCGCCCUUCCGCGACUGGUGCGACGAGCAGGUCAGGACGAAGCACCAGACGUGGGCGGCGGAGAAGCAGCCGCAGGACAUCUUCUCGCACCUGCUCAAAGCCUUUGUCGAAAAGGACGCCACGGCGCCGCCGUCGGUGGCCUCGCUCCACGAAGACUCGCGGGCCGUCGUCAUCGCCGGGUCCGACACGACGGCCACGACGCUCGCACACGUGUGGUUCUUCCUAGCCAAGCACCCGGCGACGCAGCGCAAGCUCCAGGCGCAGCUCGACGGGGUCAUGGGGCGGCCCGAGGACUGGACGUACGCGGCGGCGCGGUCCGUCGGCUUCGUCGACGACGUCAUCAACGAGACGCUGCGGUUGAAACCGGUGCUGCUGACGGGCGGCUACCGCACGACGCCGCCGGAGGGCAUCGUUGUCGACGGUGUCCACGUCCCCGGCAACACCAACGUCUUUGUCCCCAUCCAGCUCGUCCAGACAGACGCCCGCUACCACCCCCACGCGGCCGAGUUCAUCCCCGAGCGCUUCGGCGAGCGCAGGGCCGAGUGCCAGACGGAGAAGCAGCCGUGGAUUCCCUUCAGCAUCGGACCGUACUCCUGCCCCGGCAAGUCCCUCGCGAUCGCGACGCUACGCACGGCCGUCAGCCAGAUCGCCAUGCGGUUUGAUGUCGAGCUCGCGGCGGGCGAGACGGGCGAGGCGUUCGACAAGGGCGCCAUGGAUACCUUUACCACGACGCUGAAGCCGCUGAUGGUGCGGUUUACCCCGAGGAGGAAAUGA